AGGAAUAAUAGCGACACUCACUGGACACAAAGGUCGAGUGAAUUGUGUGAACUUUAUUAAUCGAGGAGACGAAUUGAAUCAAACAAAUAUCGCAAUAAUUUCAGGUUCUACAGAUAAAACUGCAAGGAUUUGGAAAAAGACACAAAAUGAAAAGUGGAUAAAUUCAGCAAUUUUAGAUUCCCAUGAAGGUUCAGUUAAUACAAUUGGAGUAAUUCAAGCAAAAUCAAUUAUAGUAGAAAAAGAUUUAAUUGUUACUGGAUCUUCUGAUGGGGUAGUAAAAGUUUGGGAAAGAAUCAUAAUUGAUGAUGUCAAAGAUACUGUAACUUGCAUUCAAACAAUUAAUCUUGAAUCAAAGUAUCCAAUGGUUCCAAUUCUAGCAAUUGGAGGUACUGACAAAAAAAUAUUUUUAUAUAUUCAAAAAAAUGAGCAGUUUAUUAAAUCAUUAUCACUUCAAGGGCAUGAAAAUUGGAUUAGAUCUUUAUCCUUUGCUACUUAUACAUCACCUUCUCAAUUAUCAGUGAGUUCAAUAAUAAAUGAUGAUGAAAGUUCAACAACAAAAAUUAAGCAACAAUAUAAAUUGAAUGAUGGUGAUUUAUUAUUGGCAAGUGCAUCACAAGAUAAAUAUACCAGUUCCAACAAAAAAGUCCAAUUAAGUACAAAAGCUCAUAUAAUAGAAAUUGAUGAUCAAAAUAAUACCAAAAAAAAUUAUUCAGUAAUGUUUGAGGCAUUACUUAUGGGACAUGAUGAUGGGAUAUAUAGUGUUUGCUGGCAUCCACCAUUAAUUAUUAAAGAUGAGAAGGAUAACUUUAAAUAUCAUCAACCAAUGUCAAUUCUUACUUCUUCAUCUGAUAAAUCAAUGAUUAUUUGGAAACCUGAACUUGAAACAGGUGUUUGGAUGAACUUGAUACGAGUAGGAGAGAUUGGUGGGAAUACAUUAGGAUUUUAUGGUGGAUUAUUUGGUCCAAAAGGAAAUUACAUUAUAGCACAUGGUCACACUGUAUCAAUAAGUGGACAUUUCAAUUCUGUUUUGGAUAUUUCAUGGAAUUCAACAUUUAAAUAUCUUGUAUCUGUAAGUCUAGAUCAAACAGCAAGAUUAUUUUCUACAUGGAAUCGUCAAAUUGAUUAUUCAAAUGAAAACAAUAAAAAUCAAAUAGAAAAUAUUAUUACAACAUGGCACGAGAUAGGGCGUCCACAAAUUCAUGGUUAUGAUAUUCAAUGUCUAUCGUUUGUGGAUCAAUGGAAAUAUGUUAGUGGAUCCGAUGAAAAGGGAUCUCGUCCAGUGGGAGCAAAUCUUCCACCAUUAGGUUUAUCCAAUAAAGCAAUAUUUAAUUCGGAUAUAGAAAAUUCAAUGGAAUCAUAUCAAGAAGAAGAAUUUUUAGAUAGAAAGAUUCCAGGGCAUACAUCUUUAUCUACUUUGAAUACUUUAAAGAUAUUGGAUAAACCACCUUUAGAAGAACAAUUAUCGAAAAGUGCAAGUCAUGAUGGAAAAUAUGUGGCUAGUGCAUGUAAAGCAACAACAACCGAACAUGCAAUAAUUCGAUUAUAUAAUACAAAAACUUGGAAAGAAAUUUCAAAUGGUACUUUGGAAUCACAUUCUUUAACAGUUACAAAAAUAAGGUUCUCUCAUAAUGAUAAAUGGAUUUUAAGUGUUUCUCGGGAUAGAUUAUGGUCAUUAUUUGAAAGAACUGAUGAUGAAGUAACACCAUAUAAGUUAAUAGCCAAAAAUAAAUCACAUGCACGCAUAAUUUGGGAUUCUUCUUGGAGUCAUGAUGAUUUAUUAUUUGCUACUGCUUCAAGAGAUAAGACGAUAAAAAUAUGGAAACAAGAAGAUAAAAUUAAUAAUUGGAAAUGUAUUACAACAAUAAAAUUAAGUGAAGCUGUGACAGCAAUUGAUUUUGCUCCCAAAUUUAUUGGAAAAGAAAGAUAUUUUAUGGCAGCUGGAUUAGAAAAUGGAAAAAUUUUAUUCUUUAUUUCAGAGAUUGAACAAAUAGAUAAAUGGAGUUUGGUAAUGGAUGUGGAUAAAGAUAAUUGCCAUGUGGCAAGUGUAAAUCGUCUUACUUUAAGUGAAUUCACGAAUUCAACUGAAAAUAAUAAAAUAAAAUUAAGAUGUGUGAGUUGUGGAUCAGAUUAUUGUAUUAAAAUAUUAAAUUUAGAGAUUUAUACAGAAUUUGAUUCGCAUGCAUAUACUCAUGCCUUCCCUUCAAAGGAUUUACCUUUUCGUCCAUGGAACGCGCGAGCAUUAGAAUUAAAUGUUAAAGUUGCGGAUCCAUUAUCUCCUAAUCCAAGUGACUCACGUCGGCACAUACCACCAAUAUCAAAAAUUCGUGGAACAGAAGAAGCAAAUUUAAUGGAUAUAUUCGAAGAAAUUGGUGAAAGUUCUUCUCGUGACGCGAAUAAAAUCAAUAUCGUACAACCACCACCAUAUCCUAUUAUUAGUCCAGGAGUUCAACCUAAAACUGUUUUAAGAAAUGAUUUUCAGUCAAUAGAAAUUUUGCCACCAGAUAUUCCGAAAAUCGAGAGUAAACAUUCAAAUUUAUGCGAAUUAAUGAGAGAAUCUUCUUUUACUACCAAGGAUUAUACUACUACUAAUAAUAAUAAAGAUUGUUGGGAACGAGAGAAACCUGAAUUAGUAAAAGAAGCUUCCUUUAUUAAUGAUUGGAGGCGAGAAAAACCUGAAUUAGUCAAGAAUACCACUACUACUAAUAAUAAUAAAGAUUGUUGGGGACGAGAAAAACCUGAAUUAGUCAAAGAAGUUUCUUUUAUUAAUGAUUGGGGGCGAGAAAAAUCUGAAAUAGUCAAGAAUACCACUACUACUAAAGAUGGUUGGGGUCGUGAGAAACCUGCAGUUUCCUUUGUUAAUGAUUGGGGGCGAGAAAAAUCUGAAGUAGUCAAGAAUACCACAACUAUUAAGGACGGCUGGGGACGUGAGAAACCUGAAUUAGUCAAAGAAGUUUCCUUUGCUAAAGUUUGGGGUCAAGAGAAACCUGAAGUAGUCAAGAAUACUACUACUAAUAAGGAGGGUUGGGGACAAAAACCUGAACUAAUCAAAGAAGUUUCUUUUGUGAAUACUACUACUAAUGGUGGUUGGAGAUGUGAGAAACCUGAAAUAGUCAAAGAAGUGGAUAUUACUGCUAAAGAUGGUUGGGGACGAGAGAAACUUGAAUUAAUCAAAGAAGCUAUGAAUACUACUGCUAAGAAUGAUUGGAAACGAAAGAAACCUGAAUUAGUCAAGGAAACUUCUUCCAAAGAUUGUUGGGGACGAGAAAAACCUGAAUUAAUCAGAGAAGUCUCUUUUAAUGGUUGGGGACGAGAUAAACCCGAAUUAGUCAGAGAAGUCUCUUUUAAUGGUUGGGGACGAGAAAAACCUGAAGAAAUCAAUGAAGUCUCUUUUACGGACACUAUUAACAAGGAUGCUUGGGGACGAAAGAAACCUGAAUUAGUCAAAGAAGCUUCUUCUGUUAAUACCAAGGAUGGUUGGGGACGAGAUAAACAUGAAUUAGUCAAAGAAGUCGUUUUUAAGGAUGGUUGGGGAAGAGAAAAACCUGAAAUAGUCAAAGAAAUUUCUUUUAUUGAUGUUAUCAAGGAUGGUUGGCGGCGUGAAAACCCUGAAAUAGUCAAAGAUGUUUCUUUUAUGGAUACUACCACUAGGGGACGAGAGAAAUCUGAACUAGUCAAAGAAAACAUUAUUUUACGAAAAGAAAAAUCUGAUCUUAUUGAUCUUAACGAAGUUUCACCAACAAAUAACUCGAAUAAUUUGAGAAAUUACCGUCACCAUCAUUCAUCCAGGAAAGGUGAAAAAGCCACUGAUUUAUCAAAGAAUUUAUCUCGAAAUGAUUCAUUAUUAGUAUUUGAUGGAUCAAAGUUUGUACUUGAAAAUAGUAUCAAGAAAGAAGUUGAAACUUUAAUUAAUCUUGAUGAUAAUUUGAAACAAGAAACUACCGUAAAAUAUGAUGAAACAAAAAGAUUCGAAGAUUUAAAAACGAUCGAUUAUACCGGAUUCUUAAGUCAAGAAUUAAGAAAUGCAAUGGCGGAGGCUAAAAUACAUAAACAAGAAACAUCAAAAUUGUGUUAG